AUGGGUUCACAACGAUCAUCUAUGCCAUCGAUAUUCUAUAUUUAUCGAUGUAUUUCAUCAAUUACUCGAAAUCGUCGUUAUCAAUUGCAUAUUCUUAUUACAAUAAUAAUCUAUCUCAUUAUUUAUAUAUAUAUUCAAGUCAAAUUAAUACCAACAAAUCGAAAUUCGAUUUCUUGUAAAAACUAUUCUCAAAAUCUAGUAUUAAACAUCAAGGAAAAGAAUGAAAGUUUUCAAAUUUUACCUUCAGUUAAGAUCUAUACUGAACAAAGAGUAAUAUUAAAUCAAUCAAAUGUAAUUAACAUAUCUCAGGAAACUCGUCUACGUUAUUCAUUCAUUGAUAUUGAUGCUCUUAAUAUUAAUACUAAUUUCCUCGAUGAAAUCUAUCAUCCUUCAACAAAUUUUAAUAUCAAAUUUCCAUCUUCAAAUAGUCAUUCAUAUUCACGUUUACUCAAUAUGAAAGGUAAUUCAUCAACAAUUCUAUACAAUCGAAUUCCACAAUGUUAUGAAUUUACAAUGGGAUUAUUAUUAAAACAUGUGUCUUAUCUUCAUUCAUUUACAUAUAUACCAAGUCAGAUAUAUACUCCAUUUUCUUAUAAUCAAACAUCAUUAAUAUCAAUAGCACGAUCAUUAACUAAUCAUAAAUAUAAUCGAUUAUUAUAUGAACGACAUAUAUAUUUUUUUGAUUUUUCUAAUUUAACAUUUUCUGAACAUCCAGUAUGGAUUAAUUUAGUUCGUGAUCCAAUCUAUCGAAUUGCAUUAGAUUUUAAUAAUUCACGUGAAAUUUGUCGAUUGACAAAUCGUUGUUUUGUAAAUAAUAAUACAAUAAAUGAUACACUUGAUAAAUGUGUUUUAAAAUAUCCACCACAUGUAUGUAUUUCACAAGAAAAUGGUGUCUCAAAAAUGAUACCAUUUUUUUGUGGAUUAACACAUUCAAUAAAAUGUCAAGAUGAUUCAACUUUUGCAUUAAAACAAGCAAAACAAAAUAUUGACUUUUUCUAUACAGUUAUUGGUAUUGCAGAAGAAUUUUAUUCAUUUUUAUAUGUUCUUGAAAAAUUAUUUCCACAAUAUUUUAAACAUGCACGUCUUAUUUAUAUGAAUACACGAGAUUCACAUCAAUUGGCUGAUAACAGAGAUGUUAAUAUUCAACUUCCUAAUAAAAUUACUAUUAAACUCCUUGAACCAUAUCUUAAAGACGAAUAUGAAUUAUAUAAUUAUAUUAAGAGACGUUUUCUUGAUCAAUAUCGUAUAUUGACUGAAAUGGAUAAUUAA